AUGCUGGUGCACAGAAUAGGAUAUCCGAUCACACAGUUCUGCUCACCUCACUGUACCAAUCCACACUUCAGGAAUGGAAGCGAUAAUUUUUCAGAUAGAAGAUGCGGUAACUUAAAAGAACUGGAGAUAGUCUUCUUGAGCUACUUCUGGAAGUAUCAUCCAAGUCUGCUGUGGGAUAUGGAACUGGUGAGAAAGUCUUGGGGGACACUGCGGAACUCGUCGAUCGAAGUGCCAGACGCCUUCAAACUCUACACUACAAAGUUUGUUUGCUUUAUCGUAUUUCAACAGUUACGCUCUGCGCGGUAUUGCACG